AUGCUUCCUCUCUUGAUCAAGAUGCUUCCUCUCUUGAUCAAGAUGCUUCCUCUCUUCAACAAAGUACUUCCUCUCUUGAUCAAGAUGCUUCCUCUCUUGAUCAAGAUGCUUCCUCUCUUGAUCAAGGUGCUUCCUCUCUUCUGCAAGAUGCUUCCUCUCUUCUUCAAAGUACUUCCUCUCUUGAUCAAGAUGCUUCCUCUCUUGAUCAAGAUGCCUUCCUCUCUUCAACAAAGUACUUCCUCUCUUGAUCAGAUGCUUUCUCUCUUGAUCAAGAUGCUUCCUCUCUUGAUCAAGGUGCUUCCUCUCUUCUGCAAGAUGCUUCCUCUCUUCUUCAAAGUACUUCCUCUCUUGAUCAAGAUGCUUCCGCUCUUGAUCAAGAUGCUUCCUCUCUUCAUCAUGCAGCUUCCGCUCUUCUUUAAGAUGCUUCCUCUCUUCAACAAAGUGCUUCCUCUCUUCUUCAAAGUACUUCCUCUCUUGAUCAAGGUGCUUCCUCUCUUCUUCAAAGUACUUCCUCUCUUGAUCAAGAUGCUUCCUCUCUUGAUCAAGAUGCUUCCUCUCUUGAUCAAGGUGCUUCCUCUCUUCAACAAAGUGAUUCCUUUCUUCUUCAAAGUACUUCCUCUCUUGAUCAAGAUGCUUCCUCUCUUCAUCAUGCAGCUUCCGCUCUUCAUCAUGCAGCUUCCGCUCUUCUUCAAGAUGCUUCCUCUCUUCACAAAGUGCUUCCUCUCUUCUUCAAAGUACUUCCUCUCUGGAUCAAGAUGCUUCCUCUCUUCUUCAAAGUACUUCCUCUCUUCUUCAAAGUACUUCCUCUCUUGA